AGCAGCUCGAUGGUCAACAAUCGAGGGAGCGUGGACAAUCAGUAAGCUGCAUACUGCGACACAGCACUGGCCCGACUAGCCAACUAGUAACUAGGCCAUGUGCGCCUGUGGCUGGACAUCAUGUACAAUCAGAAGCAGGAUUGCCCGCCACCAGAUGCCUUUGCGCAGGAACGGCCAAUCGAGUCGCUGCCUUCCACGGAUCCUUUGCCCUUCGAAUUGCGCGUGGCUGUUUUCAAGGUGGUGGAUAUCCAAUCCCCUGAGGGCAUCUCCGAGCCUUCAGUGAAGGCCAGCGGCAAGAUGACCUUGGAUGAUGGGAAAGACCUCUACGAGGAGACGGACACACACUUUGGCUGUGAUGAUGGAACUGCGACGCUGAACUGGAGAUUAAUCUUCAAAAAUGUCAUGAUCCCAUGCAAGCAGCCCAGGCUGACAGUGCAGAUCUGGAACGACAACAUGCUGGCAUCUGAUGAAGUGUUGGCCGAGGUGACAUUGGAUUUCUCCAAAGACUUUCUUCUUGCACGGAAGAACAACACUGCGGUGGACUUCCCAAAGGGCUCGCUGUUCAUGUACCACCCGGCCUUUCCAGGGGAGGUCAGAGGGGUCAUUGAUUUGGAGGCGAUCCUGUUGCCCGCCGAUGAGGUUCGGGAGCGCCCACAAGGAGCCGGCCGAGAUGAGCCCAACGACGACCCGUUUCUCGAUCCCAAUGACCCACACUUGGUGGCACAUCGCAGUCGAAUUGCAAACAUGAAGAUCAUCAAGAAUGCCAAAGCACUGGCUGGAGGUUUGCUUGCUGGAGCUCAACUCUUACUGAUGUUGAAGCUCCUGGCCAUGGGAGCCAGUGGCCUUUUUGCUGCCAUCAUGUCCAUCAUUAUGGUCACCCGCCAAUGACAGGAGCACAGGUGGUUGGGCAUGGAGAAGAACCGAUGCAUACAGUUUGACGUCAAGUUGUUCGAUUUGCACAGGUGGAAGAUGAAUGCGGGCACGUCCGCUGUGCGAUGUUAAUCUACCAUCCCUGCGGUGCGGGCACGACUAUGCUAGAGUUGGCCUGAACCGGACGCCAGUGACAGACGGACCUGGGUGCGGAUUUGGUGCUUCCGACCGAAACCAACCCCAGAGUUGGCAAUAUCAG